GGGGAAAAAUACUCGCAAGAAAGUUUCCUGCUAACUUUGCAGCCGCGGCAGCAGCUAUGCCCGUGCGGUGCGGUGCCUCGGGGCUAGCGGGGCUCGGAUCGCCUUAGGGAGGGGAGGGAGGGGGAGAGACAAAAGUGUGGGGCUGGCCGGAUUAAAGCAAAAUAAAGAGCAGCACCCCUCCCCCUAAGCGAGAAGAACCCAGCAGAAGCGCGUGGGGUGGAGAAAACAUCCCGGGGAGAGCUGACCGGAGGCAGUGAGCGAGGAGCGGAGGGAGGGGGCACAGAGAGACCCAGGCAGGCGGCAGAGUUUGGGGGAAAGAUGAGCUUGUUGUCAGCCAUAGACACCAGUGCUGCUUCUGUCUACCAGCCUGCCCAGCUCCUCAACUGGGUCUAUCUGUCGCUGCAAGACACCCACCAGGCCAGCGCCUUUGAUGCCUUCAGACCCGAGCCCUCUUCUUCCCAGCACCCCGAUCUCAGCUACACCAAGAACAGCCCGGAGCUGGGCUCGUCCCUCAAUUCCAGCUAUCUGAACAGCUUCUUCCAGCUCCAGAGGAACGAGGCGCUGAGUAGCAGUCUGUAUAAGAGCGCAUCUCCCUAUGGCUCCCUUAAUAACAUAGUGGAUGGGUUAAGCUCGCUCACUGAGCAUUUCUCUGACCUAUCCCUCUCCUCGGAAGCCAGAAAACCCAGCAAGAGGCCACCUCCUAACUACCUAUGUCACCUCUGUUUUAACAAGGGACACUACAUCAAAGACUGUCCACAGGCUCGUCCAAAAGGAGAGGGUCUGACCCCGUACCAGGGCAAGAAACGCUGCUUUGGUGAAUACAAGUGCCCCAAGUGCAAGAGAAAAUGGAUGAGUGGAAACUCCUGGGCUAACAUGGGACAAGAAUGUAUCAAGUGUCACAUCAACGUUUAUCCUCACAAACAGAGACCCCUGGAAAAGCCGGAUGGCCUGGAUGUUUCAGAUCAGAGCAAGGAGCAUCCUCAGCAUCUGUGUGAGAAGUGCAAAGUUUUGGGCUACUACUGCCGUCGUGUGCAAUAAACCUUCAAAGGUGGCCUCUUCUGUCCCCAUCAUCCUGCAAGAUCCUUUGGCAGCACGCAGUCAACAGCAACACAGAAUCCAAGACAAAAAAACUAAAAAAAGAUUGCCAAUUUUGCCUAUCUUUAAACUAAUAAUAUGCCUUACCAUUAAUAGAAUGUAACACUUUUCCUGUGUAUGUGUAUACGUGCAAGAUAUAUUUAUAGGACUAUGGUGUGUUUUAUAUAUCAAUCUAUCUAUAUAUCUAUCAAACAGUGUUACUGAUAGUGUUCACAGUGGAACCACUGCUGUGGUUUCUGUUGAUUGUUUACACGGUUCCUAUAUCAUGGCCAGAUGAAAUGAAGCGAAGUGCUGUGUGUUAGGCAAGAUAUAAUGUUCACUGGGAAGUAAACAUUAUGAAUGGCUUUUGCAGGACUUAGGUAACCUGCAAGGCCACUAAUUGGGAGUGCUCGCUAACCCCAUGAACAUUAUUCCUCUUAUACGACAAGACAAAGGAAGAUUCAACAAGCCACAGCAUUAAAGAAGGGAAACGAUCGUGUUUUCCUUGCUUUGGAAGAUUUGAAAGUUCCAUGCUGCUGCUUUCUUGGACUUCCACUGCUUAAUGUAACUUGGGUAAGGCGUAGGUGGACUCGGUGAAGGUAAAACAAAGUGUAUAAUUGUUUGAGUGAGUCGUUUUUUUGGGUAUGGAAAUGGAGAAUAGCAACUGGACAGAUUGUCAGUAAGGAUUCCAGCAUCUUUUGGGAGAGAAUAGUGUUUGCUUUCUUCAGGCUGUGAUUGAUUGAAAUCCUUCUCUUGUCAUAUAAUUUCUUUUAAAUGGGCCCUUUAUGUGUAUUUGCUAUUCAUUAGGCCACAAGCACACUAAAUUUACUGUGAAUAAUGGGGAAUGAGAAUGAUGCAAUUUGUCCCCAAGCCCUAAUUGAGUGAGUAACCAGACUUAAUAUUUAUACUAGUUCGAAAGCCACUUUCUGGAAAUAUUUUUAUGUUCUGUUUUCUACUGUGCAAAUUUAUUAAUAUAAAAGUAUAUACUUAUGUAGCCACAGGGGUUGUAUAGGGCAUGAAGAACAUAACCUACCCUCUUCUCUGUCUUUCUAAAACAUCUAUAUAGGUUAGGAGAAAUGUAGUAAUUGUAUGUGGUUGUCCUAUUUCAAGUAGAAGGAAUUUUGUGCAGGAGGAUCCUGUUACAAAGAAAAAUAUAUUAUCAGAGAUUGGGGAAUGUCAUGAAAUGAAAGUACCUCAAGACAGUAGUCUGGUUUUGUAUGUAUUUUUAAGAGUAGAUUGGCAAAAGGACAGAAUGAAUAAGACUUGUAUGUGUCAUCCACUUCUAUAGAAAACUACAGGAGGGUGUUUUUUUUAAAUCAAUCAUUUUUUAUUUUCAUGAAAUUUUCUUUAAGAACUGGAUGUGUGUGUUAUUGUUAUGUGGUGGAAAUGUUUUAAAUUUGAAACACUCAUAGCAAGUUAAAGCUGUUUCAAAGUUAAAUUUGAUAGAUACAAUCCAGAGUUAUCGCCUGCCAAGGGAGGAUGAGGUGGUACCAGUACAACCAGUCAGAGUCUUGUGAAGCAGAUUAAAAACUCGUAGUAAGCAUUCGCAUGUGAAAUUUGAAGAUCUUCACAAAGUUGAUCUAGAGUGAAACUUUGGCAUUUCCAUGUUUGUCUGUGAACAGGGCAAAACACUGAUGGGGAAAAAAUGAUUUGUUUAGAAACUUCACACAAAAUUCAGUUUUCACAAUUUAUGGGGAACCCAAAAAUUCAAGUUGUAAGUAAUGGGUCUACUAGUUAGAGUAGUGUACUGGGAGAAAGGACACAUGGAUUCUGUCCUGGGUUCUGCCAGUGGCCUGCUGUUCGACAUUGGGCAACUCUCUGAACCUCUCCAUGCCUCAGUUUCCCCAUCUGCAAAAUGGGGAUAAUAAUACUUAACAUACCUACCUCACCAGGGUGUUGUGAGGUUUAUUUAAUGUCUAAAGGCCUUUUGACAUUGUUGGAUGAAAAUAUUAUUUUGUAAUUAUAUAGCAGUUAAGUUAAACACUCUGAGACUAAUUUUGCCCAGUUAGCAGUACCAUAAUUUAAAACAAAAAUGACUGAAAUUUAACACUAAUCACAGAUUUUGAUUGCCUCAAUCAAGUGAGACAGUUAGCAUCUUCAAGAGGGAAUGCAUUUUUAGCCGAAGACUGAAAAGUACACUUAGGGACAGAUUUUCUAAACAAAUCUUCGUAGUUGGCCCAUGAAAUAAGAAAUUUUGUGCAUGCCAGUUUAGAGAUGGGUUUUUAAAACUUGGCCUCAGUGUUAAUUUUGACCCAUUGUUUGGUGUGUCAGUAAUGCAAAAGGAGAAGAUUGCAAGAAGGCAUACAAUAAACUGGCUAUAAUUUUU